AUGAAAUUUACUAUCGCCUUCGCUGCCAUUCUGGCCGUUGCCCUGGCCGCUCCUGCGAACGAAGAUCGGGAUGCUCAGAUUGUUAAAUACGAAAAUGAUAACUUAGGUCUUCAGGGUUACCGAUUCCAAUACGAUACCAGCAAUCGGCUCCAGCGGCAAGAGGAAGCUCAGCUGAAGAACUUUGGAGAGGAUGUUAGCGCACUGGUGGUUCGAGGAUCGUACUCCUACACCGGUGACGACGGUCAGGUGUACACGGUGAACUAUAUUGCCGACGAAAAUGGAUUCCAGCCAGAAGCCGCCCAUCUCCCAAGAGCGUAA